UGUGUUUUUUCUCUGCUUUGCUCGGAGGAAAAAAAAUAAGAAGGAGCUCCAGCGGCAGCAGAUGUUGAUCCAGAGCAGCAGCAGCAGCAGAACCUCCAGCACCUUCAGCUUCAGCAGGCCACAUAUCCGCUGAGAUGUGGCAGCCCGCGAGCGAAAGACUGCAGCACUUCCAGAACAUGCUGAAGACCAAACUGAAUGUUCUGACCCUGCGGAAGGAUCCGUUACCGACGGUGAUCUUCCACGACCCGGAGGCCAUUGAGCUCUGCUCCACGACGCCAAUCGCCAAAACCCGCACACACACCGGCUACAAGGUGACGUAUCUGGGCAAGGUGACGAUCUCCGGCACUCAGUUCCUCUCAGGCUGCACGGAGUCUGCCGUGGUGGGAUUAUGGGAUAUGAAGCACUCCUCCAUUGCCCCGGACGACUCUGUCGCCCCUAGCAAUGCCGUCCUGGAGAUCCGCCCGUUCCAGGUGCGUCUGCAUCACUUGGAUGGGCGGGGCGAGGCCACGGUCGCCAUGGACACCUUCCAGGUGGCUCGGAUCGCGUACUGCACUGCGGACCAUGAGGUCAGCCCCAACGUGUUCGCCUGGAUUUACCGACAGAUUAACGACGAUCUGACAUUCCAGAUGGACUGCCACGCCGUGGAAUGCGAGAGCAAGUUAGUGGCCAAAAAGUUAGCACACUCCAUGAUGGAGGCCUUCAAGAAGACGUUCCACAGCAUGAGGAGCGACGGGCGCAUCCACAAGAGCGGAUCCUCGGACGAGUUUCCGGAAGACUCCUCCACCCCCGACGACGGCUGAGGCAGAGGUCCAGGGAGUUGGGGCCUACUUAGGAGGGGUGUGGCUGGGGGAAUGGGUGGGGCUUAGUGGUGGCCCCACCUCUUUCUCUUUCUUUGCCCUCUCUUUCUGUCUCUGAUUAAGCAUUAAUAAAAAUAAAAGUUCUAAAAAAUCUGACAGUUAAAGGACAGUAAUAAUCUAAAGCUGGAAAGAGGGCAUUGCAGUCUAAAACAAACUGAAAAUCCAGAAAAGACCAAGAGAAAAAUCACCAGAAGCUUCUAUCUGCCUUUCUAGAUCACAGCUGACAGCUGCAUCAUGGCCAUGUUACACGAGCACCUAAACUCAUUAUCAGACUUUUAUUAUGAAGGUACAGUACAUUUUUAUUGUUCUAGACCAUCGUGAUGGAGCAUUCUUCUAGACCAUCGUUAUGGAGUGUUCUUCUAGACCAUUGUGAUGGACUUCUGUUCUGGGACAUCACUACGGAGCCUUGUUCUAGAAGAUUCUGAUAGGACUUUGCUCUGUACCGUCAUUAUUGAUCACCAUUUUGGAAGAUUGCUUAAAUUUGAAACGUUUUUCUAGAACAUCGCUGAAACAUUGUUUUACAUCAUCGUCUUGAUACAUUGUUCUAGAACGUGACUAUGGAGUAUUGUUAUUGAUUUCUGGAAUAUCCUGAUGGAAUGCGGUUGUAGAAGAUCGUACUGAAGCUUUUUUCCAGAAAACUGCUGGAAGGAUCACCAUUCGAGAUUACAAAGCAACAUCAUUCUAGAACAUCGUUAGUGGAUUUCCGGAGCAUUGUUUUUACAGGAUCGUGAUGGAGCUUUGUUCCAGAACAUUGUGAUGUAGCUUUGUUCUAGAACAUCAUUAUGGGACACUGUUCUAGAAUGAUGCAGUGAAACUUUCUUCCAGGAGACAUGUGGUGGACCAUUCUUGAAAACAUCAUUAUGGAGCACAGCUCUAGAAGAUCAGAAAGGAACCUUGUUCUCGAAUCUUGUGAUGGAAGAUUUUUAAAAAGCGAAAAACAUCAUGAUGGAUAACUGUUCUAGAACAUUGUUAUAGGGCAUUGUUCUAGAAGAUGUUGAUGGAUCUAGAUGCUCACCUCCACCUGAAAGCUGCUGAGAGUUGUGGUCACUUAAGGGGGGUCUGUUCUACCUGUCCCUUUUUUUCUCUUUAGCUAGUCAAAAUCUCAAAGUAUUGCAGUGUUUUUGGUUAGAACCUAAAAAUUCAGAUCAUCUUUUUGUAGUGAUGUCUAGUGCCUCUGAAUGAAAUGCAGAGAAUGUUUUGUUUGGUUUUGUUUCACUGUCUGGAACAAGCUGGUGUUCCUAGAACGUUCCCUCAGCUUUUACUAGGCCAUAAUUAAGCCACCUUCACUGAGUGAGCUUCAGUUUUUGUGUUGUUUUUCUAAGAAUCCCAGAAGUCUGAGUGAUAUUUGUACUGUCUGUCUGUCUGUCUGUCUGCGGACCAUGAGCCUUCUCAUAUCUCUACGGAACGGGUUCUCAACUACAGUAUUACCUAGUCCUGCGUGUGUGCUUGAGGAACAUCUUAGUGAGAGUGUUUGUGUUCUGUCCAGCUAGAUGAACAUCUGUCCAGGAACAUGUAGGUACACCCUUAAAACCUUAAGGUCCAUAAGCGGUUCUUAGAUGUUUGGUUUUAGAACAAAGACUUUAAUAUGGUAGUGAGGCACAAAAUGUUACAAAGAACCAUUGGCAGGUUCUUCCUUGUAGUCCACAUUCCUGCUCUAUCCCUGUGCUGGGAGUUGGGAUCAAGCACAAAUGUGGUUUGAGAACCACAGCUCUGGGAAACCAGCAGUGGUUCUUCUUGGCCAUUGCUCCAAAGAACCCUUUCUGACCCAGUCUUGUUUUAAGAGUGUACUCCAGCCUGCAAGACCUGACCAUGUUUGCUCUUUUAAAUCUUUGUGCUGCUUUUGUAGUAGGG